UGCAGGCAUCCCGGUUUCAUUUCGGUUUUUAUAAAAAUCAGCCAAAAAGUAAAAGGAGCCAAAAGAGUCUUCAAGCAUAAGCGUCUCAACAUUUAUUUUGCCUUUUUCGUUGGAAAAAAUAAAAUAAAAUAAAAAUAAAAAUCAAAGGGCGAAGCAGGCAGCCAUGGCAGACGAAUUCCAGCUAGGAAACGGAAGCUGGUGGGAUACAACAAGAAACAGAUUCGAAAGCGGCACGUCACCGGCAUCGUCGUCGAUUUCCACAACGUUGAAUGCUAUCGCAAGCUUCGGAUGGUCGACGGAGAUGGUGGACAUGAAAUCAUCAAGGUCUACAAUGGAAUCCGCCACCGCGUCCACGGCCGCCACUAUGGUGUGCCAUGACGAUCAAUCGUCUGCUGGCGGCGGCGGUGGAGGUGGAGGUGGAGGUGGCGGUGGGGUUUUAUCAACUCCCAGCUUGCAAAUGAUGGGAUUAGGCCUUUCCUCGCAGAGCAUGGAUUGGAACCAAGCUUUAUUUAGAAAUGAAAAAGGGGAGAGCAGUUUCCGGUCGUUGCUCCAAGAAGAUUUAAGUUCAAACAACGGCAGUUUCCAGCCGGAAUCCGCCGCGUCUUCUCAAGAACAGUGGCGGCAGAAGCUGUUUUCCGGAGCAUCCUCAGAGAAUGAAUUCAAACAAAUAAACCGCGGAUUUUCGUUGGAUCAGCCGCAGUUUAGUUCUCAGGCGAGUUCCAACGACAGCACCAUCACAUCACAGAGUUUAACCACCGCUUUUCAGGUGGACUCCGCCGCCGCCUACGGCCUCUUGUUAUCGGAAAAUCAGCAGCACUCUAACUACCAAAACCGAGCGAUAUCGAAUUAUCCAUAUCCGCCAGCCGCCGGUGGCUACGGCGGCAACGCGGCUGAAAUGAUACCCUCGAUGAAUAAAUACCCGCCGUUCCUGAGAACAUCUCCGCCGAAGCAGCCGCAGGCCGCCAGCAACCAUUUGCAUUUCACUAACAACACCCCGUUCUGGAACGCGUCGGCGCCGCCCGCCGCCAUGAGCGACGCUCGAUCCAGCUUUUUCCCGCCCUUACAAAAUCAGAUUCCCGCGGCCCCGCCAUUCGAUGCCAAACCAAAGAACAAGGCGGAAGGGCGGGAUGCGAAGAAAAACAGCGCGGAGACGACGAAUAAACGGGCGCGAAGCGAAACGCCAUCGGCUUUGCCAGCUUUUAAGGUGAGGAAAGAGAAGAUGGGAGACAGAAUAACGGCACUUCAACAAUUGGUCUCACCUUUUGGAAAGACCGAUACUGCUUCCGUGCUCUCUGAAGCGAUUGAAUACAUCAAAUUUCUCCACGAACAAGUCAGUGCCUUAAGUGCACCCUACAUGAAAAAUGGAGCUCCCAUGCAGAAUCAGCAGAGCAUUAAUCCUGAAAAAUCAAAAGAUUUAGAAGGGGGGCGUCAAGAUCUUAGAAGCCGAGGGCUAUGUCUGGUGCCGGUGUCGAGCACUUUUCCGGUGACGCACGAAACAGCAGUGGAUUUUUGGACUCCUACAUUUGGUGGUACAUUCAGAUAAGCAACAAGGAAAGCAGCAUCAUACUCUAAUCAAACUCCACUAAUAUCUAAGUAGCAGCUCACAAGUUAAGAGAUAGGAAAAAAUUGCAGAGAGAGAAGAAAGACUACAGGAAAAAUGUUUUUCAAGUAUAGUUUUUGGCCAUGGCUUGGGCCAAAGUGAUGCAGCCUUGGCAAAGAUUAGUUUGCUAGCUAGGGAACAAAUUGUACGCAGAAUAUAUUUAUUAAUUAUAUAUAUAGCCCCUGUAAUAAUUGAAGAAUUAUGAUUAUAAGGGUUGGUUAGAAAUGAGUAGAUAAUAUAUAUCAUGUCCCUGAAUUUAAUUUAAAAA